GCGGAUUCUUUCCCGUCAUUCCCUGCAGCAGCAGCAGCAGCAGCAGCUCCCUCCCUCCUGUCUGUCUGUCCGUCUCUCUGUCCUCUCCUGUCGGACUGUUUGCGGACUCCUCUUCCUCAGCUGAAGUUUGCAGCCUCGCGGUGAUCUCCGGAGCAGGGCUAGGCCUGAAGCUGCCGAUGUGGACGCGUCCCCGCUGACUUCGAGGUGUGUGUCAGAGGUGAAAGGUCAUGAUGACGACGGUGGCCGCCGAGUUCGACCACAUGGAGCUGCAGCAGCAGUACAGCAGCAGCAAUGACACGGUCAACAACCGCUGGGAUGACGAGUGGGACAACGAGAACAGCUCGGCCCGCCUCUUUGAACGCUCCCGCAUCAAGGCGCUCGCAGAUGAACGGGAGGCGGUGCAGAAGAAGACGUUCACUAAGUGGGUGAACUCUCACCUGUCCAGAGUGUCCUGCAGAAUCACAGACCUGUACAUGGACCUGAGGGACGGACGCAUGCUCAUCAAACUACUGGAGGUCCUCUCAGGAGAAAGACUGCCGAAGCCCACCAAAGGUCGGAUGAGGAUCCACUGUCUGGAGAACGUGGAUAAGGCUCUGCAGUUCCUAAAGGAACAGAGGGUUCACCUGGAGAACAUGGGCUCCCACGACAUUGUGGACGGGAACCACCGCCUGACGCUGGGCCUCAUCUGGACCAUCAUCCUCCGCUUCCAGAUUCAGGACAUCAGUGUGGAGACUGAAGACAACAAAGAGAAGAGAUCAGCUAAAGACGCUCUGCUGCUCUGGUGUCAGAUGAAGACGGCAGGGUAUCCCAACGUGAACAUCCACAACUUCAGCACCAGCUGGAGAGACGGCAUGGCCUUCAACGCCCUCAUCCACAAACACAGGCCUGAUCUGAUCGACUUUGACAAACUGAAGAAAUCCAAUGCUCACUACAACCUGCAGAACGCCUUCAACCUGGCAGAGCAACACCUGGGCCUCACCAAGCUGCUGGACCCAGAGGACAUAAGCGUGGACCAUCCUGAUGAGAAGUCAGUCAUCACCUACGUGGUGACGUACUACCACUACUUCUCAAAGAUGAAAGCUCUGAAGGUGGAGGGCAAACGAAUCGGAAAGGUGUUGGAUAACGCCAUUGAGACGGAGAAGAUGAUCGAGAAGUACGAGUCUCUGGCCUCAGACCUGCUGGAGUGGAUCGAACAGACCAUCAUCAUCCUCAACAACAGAAAGUUCGCCAACUCUCUGGUCGGAGUCCAGCAGCAGCUUCAGGCCUUCAACACCUACCGAACCGUGGAGAAACCUCCAAAGUUCACAGAGAAGGGAAACCUGGAGGUUCUUCUGUUCACCAUCCAGAGUAAGAUGAGAGCCAACAAUCAAAAGGUCUACAUGCCCCGUGAGGGAAAACUCAUCUCAGAUAUCAACAAGGCCUGGGAGCGACUGGAGAAGGCGGAACACGAGAGGGAGCUGGCUCUGAGGACGGAGCUGAUUCGUCAAGAGAAACUGGAACAACUUGCACGACGGUUCGACCGCAAGGCGGCCAUGAGAGAGACCUGGCUCAGCGAGAAUCAGAGACUGGUUUCACAGGACAACUUUGGUUUUGACCUUCAGGCCGUCGAGGCGGCCACCAAGAAGCACGAGGCAAUUGAGACUGACAUUGCGGCGUACGAGGAGCGUGUCCAGGCUGUGGUCUCUGUGGCGAAGGAGCUGGAGGUGGAGCGCUACCACGACAUCAAACGCAUCACAGCCAGGAAAGACAACGUGAUCCGGCUGUGGGAGUACCUGCUGGAGCUGCUGAAGGCCCGCAGACAGAGACUGGAGAUGAAUCUGGGCCUGCAGAGAGUCUUCCAGGAGAUGCUCUACAUCAUGGACUGGAUGGACGAGAUGAAGAUGCUGCUGCUGUCUCAGGAUUAUGGGAAGCAUCUGUUAGGUGUGGAGGACUUGCUGCAGAAACACGCUCUGGUGGAAGCUGACAUCGCCAUCCAGGCAGACAGGGUGAAGGCGGUCAGCACUAACGCCACCAAGUACUCCGUCAACAAUGACGGCUAUAAGCCCUGUGACCCUCAGGUCAUCCAGGAUCGGGUCUCCCACCUGGAAUUCUGCUACCAGGAGCUCACCCAGCUGGCCGCCGAGCGCCGUGCCCGCCUGGAGGAGUCUCGCCGUCUCUGGAGAUUCUUCUGGGAGAUGGCCGAGGAGGAGGGCUGGAUCCGUGAGAAGGAGCAGAUCCUAUCCUCUGUCGAACACGGCAAGGACCUGACAGGGGCGCUGCGCCUCCUUAGCCAGCAGAGCGCCCUGGAGGAUGAGAUGAGCGGCCGCGCCGGCCACCUCCAGCACACCAUUGCAGAGGGCCGGGCCAUGGUGCAGGCCAACCACUUUGCUGCCACUAAGAUCCAGGAACGCAUCGAUGACCUGCAGGCUCAGUGGGCAGCGCUGGAGCAGCUGGCAGCGGUAAGGAAGAAGAGGUUGGAGGAGGCUCUGGCACUGCACCAAUUCCAGGCUGAUGCAGAUGAUGUUGACGCCUGGACACUGGACGCCUUGCGCAUUGUCUCCAGUGGAGAGACGGGCCAUGACGAAUUCUCAACCCAGGCUCUGGUCAGGAAGCACAAAGACGCAGCGGCGGAGGUGGCCAGCUACCGGCCAGUAAUUGACUCACUCCACGAGCAGGCGGCCUCACUGCCUAAAGAGGAGGCUGACUCAGAGGAGGUGCAUGGACGUCUGGCCGGCAUUGAGGAACGCUACAAGGAGGUGGCAGAACUGACGAAGCUGAGGAAGGAGGCGCUGCAGGAUGCUCUGGCACUCUACAAGAUGUUCAGUGAGGCCAACGCCUGUGAGGUUUGGAUUGAUGAGAAGGAGCAGUGGCUGAACAGCAUGGAGAUACCUGAAAAACUGGAGGACCUGGAGGUCAUACAGCACAGGUUUGAAAGUCUGGAGCCGGAGAUGAACAACCAGGCGUCUCGCGUUGCUGUGGUAAACCAGAUUGCCCGGCAGCUGAUGCACAAUGGUCACCCGAGCGAAAAGGACAUCAAGACACAGCAGGACAAACUCAACAACAGGUGGAGCCAGUUCCGCGAUCUGGUGGACCAGAAGAAGGAGUCCCUGAACUCUGCUCUGGGUGUGCAGAACUACCACCUCGACUGCAACGAGACCAAGUCAUGGAUCAAAGAAAAGACCAAAGUCAUCGAGUCCACCCAAGAGCUGGGCAAUGACCUCACUGGGGUCAUGGCCCUGCAGCGAAAAUUGACUGGUAUGGAGCGGGACCUAGCCGCCAUUGAGGACAAGCUGGGUGACCUGCGAGGCGAAGCCCAGCGGCUGGCAGAGGAGCACCCUGACCAGGCCAAGGCUAUCACAGGCCGCCUGGCUGAGAUCAACGCUGUCUGGGAGGAAAUGAAGAACACUCUGAAGAAUCGUGAGGAGUCUCUGGGCGAGGCCAGGAAACUGCAGCAGUUCUUGCGUGAGCUGGAUGACUUCCAGUCCUGGCUGUCCCGCACUCAGACAGCCAUCGCCUCGGAGGACAUGCCAAACACGCUGGCUGAGGCUGAAAAGCUCAUGGCCCAGCAUGAAGGCAUCAAGAACGAGAUCCAGAACUAUGAGGAGGACUACCAGAAGAUGCGGGACAUGGGGGAGAUGGUGACGCAGGGCCAGACGGACGCGCAGUACAUGUUCCUCCGACAGAGGCUCCAAGCACUUGACACCGGCUGGAACGAACUGCACAAGAUGUGGGAGAACCGGCAGAACCUACUGUCCCAGUCCCACGCCUAUCAGCUGUUCCUCAGGGACACCAAGCAGGCCGAGGCCUUCCUCAACAACCAGGAGUACGUCCUGGCUCACACCGAGAUGCCCACCACUCUUGAGGGUGCCGAGGCCGCCAUCAAAAAGCAGGAGGACUUCAUGACCACCAUGGAUGCCAAUGAGGACAAGAUCAACAGUGUGGUGGAGGCUGGCAGACGGCUGGCCAGUGACGGAAACAUCAACGCUGAACGCAUUCAGGAGAGAGUCGCCUCCAUCGACGACAGGCAUAAGAAGAACAGGGAGGCUGCGGUGGAGCUGUUGAUGAGACUGAAGGACAACAGAGACCUGCAGAAGUUCCUGCAGGACUGCCAGGAGCUGUCUCUGUGGAUCAAUGAGAAGAUGCUCACAGCUCAGGACAUGACCUACGACGAGGCCAGGAACCUGCACAGCAAGUGGCUGAAGCACCAAGCCUUCAUGGCCGAACUGCAGUCCAACAAAGAGUGGCUGGACAAGAUUCAGAAGGAUGGCAUGCUGCUGGUGUCGGAAAAGCCGGAGACGGAGGCAGUGGUGAAGGAGAAGUUGUCGGCGCUCCACACCAUGUGGGCGGAGCUGGAGUCCACCACGCAGACCAAAGCUCAGUGUCUGUUCGACGCCAACAAGGCCGAGCUGUUCACUCAGAGCUGUGCCGACCUCGACAAGUGGAUGGGAGGCCUGGAGGGCCAGAUCCAGUCUGACGAUUACGGCAAAGACCUGACCUCCGUCAACAUCCUGCUGAAAAAACAACAGAUGCUGGAGAACCAGGUGGAGGUGCGUCAGCGGGAGGUGGUGGAGCUGCAGAGCCAGGUGAAGGCUCUGGGUAAGGAGGUGAAGGACACAGACGAGGUGGACGGGCGGCGGCAGCUGUUGGAGAGGAAGUUCCAGGAGCUGCUGGAGCCGCUGCGCCGCCGCAAAAACUUCCUGGUGGAGUCCAGAGAAAUUCACCAGUUCAACCGAGACGUGGAAGACGAGAUCCUGUGGGUUCAGGAGAGGAUGGCCGUGGCCACGUCUUCCGACCACGGACACAACCUGCAGACCGUCCAGCUGCUCAUCAAGAAGAACCAGACUCUGCAGAAGGAGAUCCAGGGUCAUCAGCCUCGCAUCGACGACAUCCUGGAUCGCAGUCAGAGCCUCCUGAAAGACGACUCCUCCAAUGCAGACGUGAUCCGUCAGCGUCUGGCCGCUCUGCAGGAGCUGUGGAGGCAGCUGAUGGAGGAGGCAGAGGGCCGCCACGGCCGGCUGCAGGAGGCGCACAAAGCCCAGCAGUACUACUUUGACGCCGCCGAGGCUGAGGCCUGGAUGAGCGAGCAGGAGCUGUACAUGAUGUCGGAAGAGAAGGCCAAGGACGAGCUGAGCGCCGUCACCAUGCAGAAGAAGCAUCAGAUCGUGGAGCAGGCGGUGGAGGAUUACGCCGAGACCGUUCACCUGCUGUCCAAGACCAGCCGAGGCCUGGUGGCUGACGGACAUCCUGAGAGUGAGCGAAUCAGCAUGCGUCAGUCUCAGGUGGACAAACUGUACGCAGGCCUGAAGGACCUAUCAGAGGAGAGGCGGGGCAAACUGGACGAGAGGCUCCGCCUCUUCCAGCUGAACCGGGAGGUGGACGACCUGGAGCAGUGGAUCGCUGAGCGGGAGGUGGUGGCCGGGUCGCACGAGCUGGGACAGGACUACGAACACGUUACUAUGUUGCAAGAACGUUUUCGGGAGUUUGCUCGGGACACUGGGAACAUCGGUCAGGAGCGCGUGGAUGCUGUCAACCGUCUGGCAGAUGAGCUGAUCAAUGCCGGUCACGGCGAUGCAGCGACAGUGGCAGAGUGGAAGGACGGCCUGAAUGAAGCCUGGGCUGACCUGCUGGAGCUCAUUGACACCAGGACGCAGAUUCUCGCGGCUUCCUUCGAGCUCCACAAGUUUUACCACGAUGCCAAGGAGAUCCUGGGGCGCAUUGUGGAUAAACAGAAGAAGCUGCCCGAGGAGGUCGGACGUGACCAGAACACGGUGGAGAUGCUACAGAGGAUGCACACCACCUUUGAGCAUGACAUCCAGGCCCUGGAAACACAGGUGAGGCAGCUGCAGGAGGACGCGGUGCGCCUUCAGUCGGCGUAUGCCGGUGAUAAAGCCGACGACAUCCAGCGGAGGGAGAGCGAGGUGCUGGAGGCCUGGAGGAGUUUGCUGGAGGCCUGCGACGGACGAAGGCUCCGCCUCCUGGACACCGGCGACAAGUUCAGGUUCUUCAGCAUGGUUCGAGACCUGAUGCUGUGGAUGGAGGACGUGAUCCGCCUCAUCGAGGCCCAGGAGAACCCCAGAGACGUGUCGUCGGUGGAGCUGCUGAUGAACAACCAUCAGGGCAUCAAGGCCGAGAUCGACGCCCGAAACGACAGCUUCACAGCCUGCAUCGAGCUGGGCAAAGCCCUGCUGGCCCGGAAACACUACGCUUCAGAGGAGAUUAAAGAGAAGCUGCUGCAGCUGACGGAUAAGAGGAAAGAGAUGAUUGACAAGUGGGAGGACCGGUGGGAGUGGCUACGACUCAUCCUGGAGGUGCACCAGUUCUCGCGGGAUGCUGGCGUGGCAGAGGCGUGGCUGCUGGGUCAGGAGCCCUACCUGUCCAGCAGGGAGAUGGGUCAGAGCGUGGACGAGGUGGAGAAGCUUAUCAAACGCCACGAGGCCUUCGAGAAGUCCGCCGCCACCUGGGAGGAGCGCUUCUCUGCUCUGGAGAGGCUGACUACGCUGGAGCUGUUGGAGGUGAGGAGGCAGCAGGAGGAGGAGGAGAGGAUGAGGAAGCCUCCAUCUCCAGAGCCGGCUGUGGUUCAGCAGGAGGAGGCUCAGCAGCAGCAGCAGAGCGGAGUCGUCACUCAGAACGGACUCCCAUCAGACCAGGACUCUCCUCGGGACGGGGUGGACGCUGGAGAUCUGGUGAACGGCGUGGCCGAGCGGAGCUCCAAGGAGCCGAGCCCCGGCACCUCGCCAACGCCCAGCAGGAAGAAUAAGACCAACCAGUCGUCCACGCUGCCCUCCAAGAACCAGGACGUGAGCUCGUCCUCGCAGCUGGAGGGGCUGCUGCACCGCAAACACGAGUGGGAGGGGCACAACAAGAAGGCGUCAAACAGGUCGUGGCACAACGUGUACUGUGUCAUCAACUGCCAGGAGAUGGGUUUCUAUAAGGACAGCAAGGCGGCGGCUCAGGGAGUCCCGUACCACGGCGAGGUACCCAUCAGCCUGAAGGAGGCGUCAUGUGACGUGGCUUCAGACUACAAGAAGAAGAAACACGUCUUCAAACUGCGACUCACCGAUGGAAACGAGUAUCUGUUCCAAGCCAAAGAUGAAGAGGAGAUGAGCACCUGGAUCCAGGCCAUCCUGAAUGCCAGCGUCGACCGAUCCGACGUCCAGGGCAGCAACCCUGGCACGCCAGUGUCUGGGCGCGCUCAGACACUGCCGGCCACCGUCACGCUCACCACCGAGUCGAGUCCCGGGAAGAGGGAGAAGGACAAAGAGAAGGAGAAGGAGAAACGCUUCAGUCUGUUCAGCAAGAAGAAACAAUAGAACGUCAAACACGAGGCGCUUUGGUGAAACCGCUUCAGUCAUAUCGUGACGCACGCUCUGACGCAGGACGCGUUACAUUUAGCUUCUCAUCACCUUCAGCAGGAAACUGAAAGAACUGGAACCUGCUUCAGAGCGUCCGUCCUGGUCUGAGCUGCAUUCAGCUUCAUGAAGGUCCUCACCAGAGAAACGUCUCUGGCGCUGCUCAUUAGGGCAGCGUUGUCACCAAACCUCUCACUCUGAUGAGACCUUCGUAAAGUUCGACUCACGAUGCUAACUUUAGCAGCCGUUAACCCUCCGACAUUUCCUGUUCCUGCUCACCAUCGCUCACUGUUACAACCUUCAGUUACUCACAGCUGCAGACGUCUGUGAGACGACAUCUGUGAGACGAUGUCUGUGAGACAAUGUUUGCAGAGACUGAAGCAACAUUUGCACGUCAGACACAACAUCACAGAUUGUGACAAUUUCUGCUCAGAUGAAUUACGUGUGAAACACCGCAGCCGUUAACGUGCGAUUUUUACAUCUGGAGGUUUUCAGCAAAUUUCCCAGAGCGCCAUAAAGGGCGUUACACAUAAACAUACAAAGCUGGUGAUGACAUCACUACUGAACAGCCAAUGACAGAGGCUGACGGCUGAGGAGGUUCAAGUGAGGAGCAGAAAACUGAAAAGUUUCACCAAAGUGCGACAGCGGGUUGUUUGUUUAUUUUCAAAGCAGUUUUUGUUUUCUUCCUUCUGUUUUUUAAUAUUUCUGGUUUGAUUGUUUUUCUCGUGGUUGUCCGUUCGGGUGGCAAGGCAACGCUGUGCCUGAGAGUGAGAGAGCUGUCUUUAGUUCAGACAUUGUGAUGUAACUGACGAGCCACUGAGGAAUGAGAAUGCCGGCGGUUUCUGUUCAUACGUUGUGAUGUUACUGCUCUGGUUUAGACUUAAUGAUGUAACCGCAAAGCUGCAGCCAUUUUUGUUCUGAUUGUCAACAACAAAUUGCUCAUUAAUCACAACAUCUUGACAGAAACUGUCGCUUUCGUGCUGUUGUUUGUCGAUUUGUUGGUUUGUUGGUUUGAGGGCAACGAAUCGCUGUUUCUUCACACUGUCUUGGCAGAAUCCGCCUCUGUGCUCGCUUUAAGGUUCAUUAAAUUAAAGGUGACGGCGUCUCUUGCUUUUCUUUAUGUCAGUUGGUCGGUUCGUCAGUUUGUCGACGAUGAACCACUGUUUUUUCACGACAUCUUGAUAGAAUAAGCCUCGGCUCUCACUCUGUGGUUUGUUAGUUUGUCGACGAUGAACCACUGUCUCUUCACAAAUUCUAAACUGAAGGGGACACCGCCUCUUGCUCUGUCCUUUGUCAAUUCAUUGGUUCGUCAGUUUGUAGAUGAUGAACCGCUGAUUCUUCACAACGUUUUGACAGAAUCAUGCUCGGCUCUGUGGUUUGUUGGUGCACCGACGAUGAACCGCUUUUUGUUCACAACGUCUAAACUGAAGGCGUCGCCACAUCUCACUCUGUCUUGGUGACGUCAGCAGGGACCACACACUCAUUUUUCUUUGAUGUUUGUUUUUUAACGUUGUUUGAUUUUUUAAAUUUUUGUUAAGUCUUUGUUAUUUUUGUACUUUUUUGAAACAGGUCUGAGUUAAUUCCUCAGUUUUGUGAGGGUGUCGUCAGAGACAACCUACGUUCUUCCUCUGCCGUUGAGAAAUUGGACCAAUAGUGCAUUUUGUUUUGUUAUUUUAACUUUACGUCCUCUGCCACUCUGCAGCCAUUUUUUUGUCCUCAAAACAGCCAAUCACCUUGGAGGAGGUGUACGAUGUAGAAAUGUCCACUUGCAUGCUUCAUCAGGCUCAGAGCGUCGCCUGAAACACACACCGUAAACUCAAACUCUCCAUUUUGGGUCCUUUUCUUUUUCUUUGGUUGUGGUCUGUUUCCAAUGGAAGAGGUCAGUGUGUAAAAUAAACAAGCGUCGGUGUUCGGUGGUGGACUGUAGGUGGUGGACUGCAGGUGGUGGACCACAGGUGGUGGACCGCAGACUGCAGGUGGUGGACUGUAGACUGAAGGUGGUGGACUGCAGACUGGUGGUGGACUGAAGACUGUUGGUGGUGGACUGUAGACUGAAGGUGGUGGACUGUUGGUGGACUCUAAAGUGUAGGUGGUGGACUGUAGACUGAAGGUGGUGGACUGCAGACUGUAGGUGGUGGACUGUAAACUGAAGGUGGUGGACUGCAGACUGAAGGUGGUGGACUGUAGACUGAAGGUGGUGGACUGCAGACUGGUGGUGGACUGUAGACUGAAGGUGGUGGACUGUAGACUGUAGGUGGUGGACUCUAAACUGUAGGUGGUGGACUGUAGACUGAAGGUGGUGGACUGCAGACUGAAGGUGGUGGACUAUAGACUGAAGGUGGUGGACUGCAGACUGGUGGUGGACUGUAGACUGUUGGUGGACUCUAAACUGUAGGUGGUGGACUGUAGACUGAAGGUGGUGGACUGCAGACUGUAGGUGGUGGACUGAAGACUGAAGGUGGUGGACUGUUGGUGGACUCUAAAGUGUAGGUGGUGGACUGUAGACUGUAGGUGGUGGACUGCAGACUGUAGGUGGUGGACUGAAGACUGAAGGUGGUGGACUGUAGACUGAAGGUGGUGGACUGUUGGUGGACUCUAAAGUGUAGGUGGUGGACUGUAGACUGAAGGUGGUGGACUGUAGACUGUAGGUGGUGGACUGCAGACUGUAGGUGGUGGACUGUAGGUGGUGGACUGUAGGCUGUAGGUGGUGGACUGUAGACUGUAGGUGGUGGACUGUAGGUGGUGGACUGUAGACUGUAGGUGGUGGACUGUAGGUGGUGGACUGUAGACUGUAGGUGGUGGACUGAAGGUGGUGGACUGUAGAUUGUAGGUGGUGGACUGCAGACUGUAGGUGGUGGACUGUAGGUGGUGGACUGUAGGUGGUGGACUGUAGGUGGUGGACUGUAGACUGUAGGUGGUGGACUGUAGGUGGUGGACUGUAGACUGUAGGUGGUGGACUGAAGGUGGUGGACUGUAGAUUGUAGGUGGUGGACUGCAGACUGUAGGUGGUGGACUGUAGGUGGUGGACUGUAGGUGGUGGACUGUAGGCUGUAGGUGGUGGACUGUAGACUGUAGGUGGUGGACUGAAGGUGGUGGACUGCAGACUGUAGGUGGUGGACUGUAGACUGUAGGUGGUGGACUGAAGGUGGUGGACUGCAGACUGAAGGUGGUGGACUGUAGACUGAAGGUGGUGGACUGAAGGUGGUGGACUGUAGGUGGUGGACUGAAGGUGGUGGACUGUAGGGGAGCCCCGGCUCUGGACUAAUGACGGUUGCUUGCUUGUCGUCGGCUCUUUGCGCUGCGUUCAGAUUUUCUGCUCUUUGAUACUCGUGUCGCUCCGUCGCUGUAUAUCUAUUGUACUGAACAUGUAUGGAAGUUAACGCCAUCUUACUGCACAAUCAGAACUACAUCUAUAGGAAUGAAGAAGAAGAAGCUGUUUGAAUAUUUAAGCUGACGUUAGACCAUAAAGGCUUUUCUCAUGUAUGAAACUGCACCUGUAGACUUUAAAGCUCUCUGUCAGAUAUGUGCGAUGUCAUUAAAGCUUUUAAACUUUA